AGCCGGAGAGCAGCCGCCCGAGCGCGGAGCCCGAGCCCGGAGCGCGGAGCCGCGGCGCUCAGUCUCCGCUGAGGACGCCGCCGCCGCCGGGGCUGUUCGCCAGCCCGCCGCCCCCAGCCCCAGCCCUUGCUCGGCCGCCGCGGGAAGGGGAUGCGCCCGCCGGUAAAGCAUGACCAGGACCGCCACGCUUGUCUUCCUUCUGCAGCUGUUGCACCCAUCAGAGGGACAGGGCUUUGCAGGUGGUUGCUCAUUUGAUGAACACUACAGCGGCUGUGGCUACAGUGUUGCUCUGGGGACCAAUGGAUUUACCUGGGAGCAAAUUAAUACUUGGGAAAAGCCGAUGCUGGAUCCUGCUGUGCCCACAGGUUCCUUCAUGAUGGUGAACAGCUCUGGGCGAGCAUCUGGACAAAAAGCUCACUUGCUUUUGCCGACCUUGAAGGAGAAUGAUACGCACUGUGUCGAUUUCCAUUACUACUUAUCUAGCAGAGACCGGUCCAGCCCUGGAUCAUUGAAUGUUUAUGUGAAAGUUAAUGGAGGACCACAAGGUAACCCCAUCUGGAACGUGUCAGGGAUUGUGACAGAAGGCUGGGUGAAAGCGGAGCUGGCAAUCAGCACCUUUUGGCCACAUUUCUAUCAGGUUAUAUUUGAAUCCGUAUCUUUGAAGGGACAUCCUGGAUACAUAGCAGUGGAUGAAGUUCGGGUCCUUGCCCAUCCAUGCAGAAAAGCACCUCAUUUCCUGCGACUCCAAAAUGUUGAAGUGAAUGUGGGACAGAAUGCAACAUUCCAGUGUAUCGCUGGGGGAAAGUGGUCCCAACAUGACAAACUCUGGCUCCAGCAAUGGAAUGGGAGAGACACUGCCCUUAUGGUCACCCGAGUGGUCAACCACCGAAGGUUUUCAGCUACAGUUAGUGUGGCCGACACAUCUCAGAGGAGCAUCAGCAAGUACCGAUGUGUCAUUCGUUCCGACGGUGGCUCUGGAGUCUCUAAUUAUGCAGAAUUAAUAGUAAAAGAACCUCCCACGCCCAUUGCUCCUCCUGAGUUGCUGGCAGUUGGGGCCACCUAUCUGUGGAUUAAGCCGAAUGCCAAUUCCAUAAUUGGAGAUGGGCCCAUCAUCCUGAAGGAGGUGGAGUACCGUACAACCACGGGAAACUGGGCUGAGACCCACAUCGUCGAUUCCCCCAACUACAAGCUAUGGCACCUGGACCCAGACGUGGAGUAUGAAAUCCGAGUGCUGCUCACCCGGCCAGGCGAGGGUGGGACAGGCCCCCCAGGGCCCCCGCUGACCACCAGGACCAAGUGUGCAGAUCCGGUGCAUGGUCCCCAAAAUGUGGAGAUCGUGGAUAUCCGCUCUAGACAGCUGACCCUCCAAUGGGAACCCUUUGGGUAUGCGGUGACCCGUUGCCACAGCUACAACCUUACUGUCCAAUAUCAGUAUGUAUUCAAUCAACAGCAGUAUGAAGCUGAGGAAGUCGUCCAGACAUCAUCCCACUAUACCCUAAGGGGCCUCCGCCCAUUCAUGACCAUCCAGCUGAGACUUGUACUCUCCAACCCAGAGGGGAAGAUGGAAAGUGAGGAGCUUGUGGUGCAGACAGAGGAGGAUGUUCCUGGAGCUGUUCCACUUGAAUCCAUCCAAGGAGGGCCUUUUGAAGAGAAGAUCUAUGUCCAGUGGAAACCUCCCAAUGAGACCAAUGGCCUGAUCACACUAUAUGAGAUAAACUACAAGGCUGUGGGCUCCCUCGAUCCCAAUGCUGACCUUUCCAGCCAGAGGGGAAAGGUCUUCAAGCUUCGGAAUGAAACCCACCACCUCUUUGUGGGCCUGUAUCCAGGUACAACCUACUCCUUCACCAUCAAGGCCAGCACAUCAAAGGGUUUUGGGCCUCCCAUCACGACCCGAAUCGCCACCAAAAUCUCAGCUCCUUCAAUGCCUGAGUAUGACACAGAUUCACCUUUGAAUGAGACAGACACAACCAUCACUGUCAUGCUGAAGCCUGCCCGGUCCCGGGGUGCACCUGUCAGUGUCUAUCAGCUGGUCGUCAAGGAAGAAAGACUUCAGAAGGCCCGGAGGGCUGCAGACAUCAUUGAGUGCUUCUCAGUGCCUGUGAGCUACAAGAAUGCUUCCAGCCUGGAUUCUCUACAUUAUUUUGCUGCUGAAUUGAAACCUGUGAACCUGCCUGUUACACAGCCAUUCACGGUGGGGGACAACAAAACCUACAAUGGCUAUUGGAAUGCUCCUCUCUCACCCUUGAAGAGUUACAGCAUCUACUUCCAGGCUUUGAGCAAAGCCAAUGGAGAAACCAAAAUCAACUGUGUUCGACUGGCAACAAAAGCAGUAAUGGGUAGGCAACAGGUGACCACGGGGACUCCAUUCUACCUCCUGAGCACAGGAGCAUCCACACAGAAUUCCAAUGCUGUGGAGCCUGAGAAACAGGUGGACAAUACAGUGAAAAUGGCUGGAGUGAUCGCCGGACUCCUGAUGUUUGUCAUUAUCCUCCUGGGUGCCAUGCUCACAAUCAAGAGAAGAAGAAAUGCAUAUUCCUACUCCUAUUACUUGAAACUAGCCAAGAAGCAGAAGGAGACUCAGAGCAGCACCCAGCGGGAGAUGGGUCCAGUGGUGACGACCGACAAGACCAGCACCAAGCUGAGUGCCACUCGGAAUGAAGAAGGAUUUUCCUCCAGCACUCAGGACGUGAAUGGAUUCAGCAGCAGCCGUGGGGACUUGGCCCAGCCCACACUGACCAUCCAGACCCAUCCGUACAGGAGCUGUGAGCCAGUAGAAAUGUCCUACCCUCGGGACCAGUUCCAACCUGCAAUCCGAGUGGCAGACCUAUUGCAGCACAUCACACAGAUGAAACGGGGUCAAGGAUAUGGCUUCAAGGAGGAGUAUGAGGCAUUACCUGAGGGGCAGACGGCAUCUUGGGAUACAGCCAAGGAAGAUGAAAACCGCAAUAAGAAUCGAUAUGGGAACAUCAUCUCCUGUAGGUGCAAAGAUGACCACUCAAGAGUCAGACUGCUGAUGCUGGAUGGAGACCCACACUCAGACUACAUUAAUGCCAACUACAUUGAUGGAUACCACCGACCUCGUCAUUACAUUGCCACUCAAGGUCCAAUGCAGGAAACUGUCAAGGACUUUUGGAGGAUGAUCUGGCAAGAGAAUUCAGCCAGUGUUGUGAUGGUGACAAAUCUCGUGGAAGUAGGAAGGGUGAAGUGUGUUAGGUAUUGGCCAGAUGACACAGAAGUUUAUGGAGAUAUUAAAGUCACAUUAAUUGAAACAGAGCCGCUGGCUGAGUAUGUCAUACGCACAUUUACCGUUCAAAAGAAAGGCUACCAUGAAAUCCGUGAAAUCCGGCUGUUCCAUUUCACCAGCUGGCCUGACCAUGGGGUUCCGUGCUAUGCCACAGGUCUACUAGGCUUCGUCCGGCAGGUGAAAUUCCUCAACCCUCCUGAGGCAGGGCCUAUAGUGGUCCACUGCAGUGCUGGAGCAGGGAGGACAGGUUGUUUCAUCGCCAUUGAUAUCAUGCUUGACAUGGCAGAAAAUGAAGGAGUGGUGGAUAUAUUCAAUUGUGUGCGAGAACUCCGAUCCCAAAGGGUCAAUCUAGUGCAAACAGAGGAGCAGUAUGUGUUUGUCCAUGAUGCCAUCUUGGAAGCCUGCCUUUGUGGCAACACAGCCAUUCCUGUGUGUGAGUUCCGGUCCAUAUACUAUAACAUCAGCAGACUAGAUCCACAGACCAAUUCCAGCCAAAUAAAAGAUGAAUUUCAGACCCUCAAUAUCGUGACACCCCGUGUCCGGCCUGAGGAUUGCAGCAUUGGGCUCCUGCCAAGAAAUCAUGACAAGAACCGAAGCAUGGAAGUCCUUCCUCUUGACCGCUGCCUCCCCUUCCUUAUUUCUGUGGAUGGAGAAUCAAGCAAUUACAUCAAUGCAGCACUAAUGGAUAGCCACAAGCAACCAGCGGCCUUUAUCGUCACUCAGCACCCUCUUCCCAACACCGGAGCUGACUUCUGGAGGCUGGUGUUUGAUUACAACUGCUCCUCGGUGGUAAUGCUGAAUGAGAUGGAUACCGCCCAGCUCUGCAUGCAGUAUUGGCCAGAGAAGACAUCCUGUUGCUAUGGGCCGAUCCAGGUGGAGUUUGUAUCGGCUGACAUUGACGAGGACAUCAUCAAUAGGAUAUUCCGAAUCUGCAACAUGGCUAGACCACAAGAUGGGUAUCGCAUUGUCCAGCACUUACAGUACAUUGGCUGGCCUGCCUACCGGGACACGCCUCCCUCCAAACGCUCCCUUCUGAAGGUUGUCCGGCGACUAGAGAAGUGGCAGGAACAAUAUGAUGGGAGGGAUGGACGAACUGUUGUCCACUGCCUAAAUGGCGGUGGACGAAGUGGAACCUUCUGUGCUAUCUGCAGUGUGUGCGAAAUGAUCCAACAACAGAAUAUCAUUGAUGUAUUCCACAUAGUGAAAACCUUGCGGAACAACAAAUCCAACAUGGUGGAGACACUGGAUCAAUAUAAGUUUGUCUACGAAGUUGCGCUGGAAUACUUAAGUUCAUUUUAGCCUAAUGGAACAGGGAAUCCUUCUGGUAUCUCACAAAACCCCUUUUCUCUGAAAGGCAGUAACCAGGGUAUAAGGAAUGAGAGACUGAACAGAUCCCGACAGCACAGAGAAGACUUGGGGAGCCCUGAUUUCCUCUGUAGCACUUACUGCUUCAUCGAUGGUCUCUUGUUCACCCCAAAAAGUUUGGGGGCCAGACAGGAGAGUCUGCUUUCUAAUGGUCCCAUGUCUGCAGCCCGGUGUUGGAUCUUCCUCACCUGCACCUGGAGCAAUUGGAAGUUCUGAUCCCAAAGCUCUUGCUUCUUUUGUUCUUUUCAAGUUUGUGAAUCUCAUGUUACUGUCCUUUGGAAAAGCCAAACCCAAUGGAGGAGGAGACACAGAAGGAAGGAGGCAUGCAUGUCCUCUCCAGCGCCCCUGUCCCUUGGGGGGGCGGGGAUUGUAAAGAGCACAGAUCCCUUAUUAUGCAUAAGGGAGUCGAGUCCUUUAAGGUCAUUGGUCUGUUGUCUUCUUCUUCUGAAUCCCUGGGUACCCUCAAGCCCAAUGACCUGGACUGACGCAACCGGGCCAAGCCUCCACGUGCCAUUGCUGCCGCAGUGCCAGACUUCAGUGCAUCCUCAGUGCGUCGCGCACACACACACACACACACACACACACACACACACACACACACACAACCUGCAUGUGGCCCUGUUCCAUUGCCAUCCCCCCUAAGCUUUGACCUCAGCUUUCUGUUUUGUUAACAGAAUCAGGGCCAAACACAGAAUCCUGUUAAUAUUAUUUUCUAGGUUUUUGUGGUCAGCUGGGGGAUGCUCAAAAGCUUGUCAGUCUUUCUGUGUGUGUCCUAGAUUGUGCCUGCCUCUUGUGUCACCAGUUAGGCAUCUUGACCCCCUGAAACUUCAGGGGACUCCUAAGUGGUGGCCUACUGAGUUUCUAUGAUGAUGCCACCCUAAAAAGGGGACAGCAAGUUUGAGGUCCUCAGCGGUUUUGCAGAGUAUUUUUCAACACUGUAUCUGAAAAGAAAAUGAUUUUUUCAAUGUAAAAAAAAAAGUUCAUUUUAGCCUAGUGGAAUGUAAUAGUUUCUCAUCUCAUAAAAAUGGAAAUGUUUGAAGGAUAUGGCUAGAUGUUGUGUUAGCUGACAAUGGGGGAUUUGGAAGGUUGGGUCCAAACAAGACUAGAUACAAACUGAAACCAGGAGCUAGUUUUGAUGAGUUACUUUGGCCUGUAUUGUGCUUUGUUUCUUUUUGUAUCACAUCCUUUUAUAAAUAGCUACUACAAAAGUAGAGGGAGGCCAGAGGAGACAGGGCAUAUACCCUGCUGCCAUCUUGGUAAAGACAAUGUAUGGUUAUCAUUAAUCCAUUUGCUUUCUGGCCUGGUAGGAGGAGGAUCAGCUCUGAGCCACCAAAUACAGGGUAGGUCUCUUGAAGAUCUGUUUUUUUCUAGUUUCAAUUUCUAUAUCUCCAGAGGUCUGAUGCGGACCUCAAUAUACACUGUUCCCCAUAAACAAAAAGAAUAUAAGGAACCCCCCACACCUCUGAUUUGGAUAUCUUGUGAAUGAAAAACCAUUUCCCUUCUCCUCCCUGGUGCCAUUCCCCUUGACUGGAUCUCAGUUAAUCUGGGGCAGCAGUGAGCUGUAAUGUGCCGUCUGUGUAAUACUCCCCAUGCCUUCCUGAUCUUCAGGCUGGGGAGAGAGACACUACCUGGCUGUGCCUACAAGUGGCUGCCUUGGCGCAUCUGUCUGAUAAAGCACAAUGGUAAGGAGGUGACAGGGGCAGCAGGAGACCCGUGUUCCUCAGGGUAUCAGACUGACUACACCUCCCCUCUUGGCUUUUGUUCUUUCCCCACUGCCUCCACCUUUCCACUCCUGCUUCCUGAAUCCUCAACUUCAUUUCCUAGGGUUCUGGGGCUUUUAUUCUGAAACAGGAGAUAAGGCUUACAAUUAGUCAAUGAGGACAGCUAGGUGGUACAGUGGAUAAAGUAUUGGCCCUGAAUUCAGGAGGACCUGAGUUCAAAUCCAGCCUCAGACCCUUGACACCUACUAGCUGUGUGACCCUGGGCAAGUCACUUAACCCUCAUUGCCCUGCCCCCCCCAUUUUUUUGAACAAACAUGCAUUUAUUAAGCAUUUACUAUAUGCUGGGCACUGUGCUGGACACUGGGGAUAUGGAGACAAAAAAAUGAAAUAGGCCCUGCCCUUGAGGCAAAUGCUUCUGGAAGAGGAUCUAUCCACUAUAGGUCAUAACAAGAGGUAGAUGGUUGAUAUGAGAACAUUUGCAAUGAGCAAGCUAGGAUGGAGAGAGGGGGCAGUAAAGGACACUGGUGGCCACAACUGAGGCGUGGGAGAGUCUGGUAGGAGGUAGGGGCACCAGAAACAAACUACCCAAACUAACCAGGGCUGACCCUGGCUGCUUGUGCACAGCAAACUUAGGUGCAUGUCUUAGCAUAGCAGGGACUGACCAUGGCCAGCCAGUACCCCAAGAGAGAAAUGGAAACCCAGAGACAUGGUCUCAAUUCACUCCUGCAGCAGGGUUUCCUCUGAAGCAUUUCUCCCAUUAGCCUUUUUUGCUUAUGAGGAUCUUUUUCAGAAGUACCCACUAAGGAAUCCUAAUCCAUUGAUGAAGCUGUCUGCCCAAACUGAAGCCAGGGAUAAAUCCCUGGAAAUGGUCCUGAAGAAGGUCUUCUGGACUAGGGAUAAAGUGAUGUGUUUCACGUAGGGGCCGAGUGGGAAAGAGAAGAAACCAGAGACUGCCAAGCUUUGAAGAGGUGAGCAGCUACAAAGGGACUGGGGGAGCUUUUGGAGAAAUCAGCUUCAGUGGCUUUCCAACAAUUCUCUCAGCUUUGGCCUCCAGCAAGAUAAGACAAGACAAGGCUUGGGUCUUGGCUAUGCCAUUUCCCAGUCCCUCCCUGGGCCUGUUUCCCACUUUGCCCAAUGUGGAGGGGUGGAGAAAGGGUUGGACCAGAUGAUCUAAUAGAUCACUUCAUCUCACCAAUGAGAUGAAAACUUUCUAAAAUAGGCUCACUUUUUCAGGACUUGGAAAUGUUUGGGCAAACAUAGUUAGUGCCAGAUGUGAAAAUUCCAUUGGGCAACUUGAAAUUUGGAGAUAGUAGGCUUGUUCUUCCCUACCCUAAUUCUUCUGUUCUUUGCUUUCCGUUUUUCAUUUUUAUUUCUCACCAAACAAAUAUACAGGUAUUGGGGCACAACAUUUCUUUCUAAAAAAGGCUUGGGCUGGUCUCCCACUGCUAAGCUUUGUCACCAUCAGUACAGCUGCUGGGGUCUGAAAGGAUUCCACUAUGUGGGAACCAACUCUGGGAUCAGCUCAAUGGCAGCCCAGGGAAUGGACCAGAGAACAAGUCCAGACAAGGGGGCAGCAGUAUUACUGCUGAGGUUAAAGCUGAAGGCAGAGAAGUCAUUCAACAAACUCCAUCCCAGUAAAGACUCCUCACUCCCAGGCAGAGACAUGAGCUCCCAUUCCAACUUCACAACCCAGGGCCAAGAGAAUGGAGGUGGAAAGUAUACUGAAGGUUGCCUAGUCCAGUACUCAUUUUUCAAGUGAGUAAAUCAAGGCUGAGAUGUAAGUGGCUUGCCCAAGGCCACACAGAUAGUCAAUGAUAGAGCCAAGAUUUGAACUUGGGUCUCCUGAGUAUUCUUUCCAAUGAUAACGCACAGCCUAUCAUCUCUGAAGAGAUUGUCAGUUCUGUACAGGGCAAUGCAGAGAUACACAAAAAGUGCCAAUGGGCAGCAGUAUAUUACUAUGUUUUAUGUGCUAGAAGUGGCCCUAUCAGAAGACUCCCAAGAUCAUUGCACAAAAAAGAAACAACCCAAGGGGUUCCCUGGUGUUUGUGAAAUAGCCAAAGAAAUAGAGCAAGUCCUUUGGGAGAGGAACACAGCGUGAUUAGGUGUGCAUGGGCUGAGAUCUGUACCAGUGAAAGAACUUGUUGCUGUUGUUGAUUGUGGGACAUAACUAUGUCCCACUCUUCUUGAUCCCCUAUGGGUUUUUUGGCAAAGGUAUUAGAGUGGUUUGCCAUUUCCUUCUCCAGUGGAUUAAGGCAAACAGAGGUUUAAAUGACUUGCCCAAGGCCACACAGCUAGUGAGUAUCUGAGGCCAGAUUUGAACUCAGGUCUUCUAGACUGCAGGUCUAGCACUCUAUCCCCAGAGCCACCUCACUGCCCCAAAGAACUACUCACACCAAUAAGAUCACAGACUCAUCUGAUGUCAUAUAAUUCCUCAAAGAAUUUACAUUCUUCUGGAUUGAGGGGUAGGGUGGGGGAGGCCAGGGAGAUAUGACCUGCUCGUAGUUAAGAGAAAGGGGUAAUCUUUGGAAGAACAAGGAUACACUGUUAAAAACCCUGCACUUGAUUGCAGAAGAUCAGGGUUUAGCUCUAAAUUCAGAUACAUAUUAGCUAUGUGCUGUUAAGUCCCAUUUCUUCUAUGUGCCUCAGUUUCCUCCUCUAUACAAUAAAGAUGGUUAGACUAGAUAAUCCCUUAAUGCCUCUUCCUGCUGUAACAUUGUGUGAUCAUCUCCUUCCCUACCCUCCCAAAUCACUGUUUUCCAUCAUUCCUCUGGACAUCAUCUAGGGAGCAGUGUAAAUAAGAAAGGUUUUAUCAUAAUCCUCAGGGCUUGUUCUCUUCUAGAAGGAAUGAACAAGAUGAUGGCAUUUUAAAAAGCAGCUUCAAUAACUUCCAAAUGUAGGACUCUCCAAGUGAGAGGGAACAGGAUGAAACAGGGGUGGGAUAAGGCCCAAGUUGAUGUGAUGUGCACAUAUGCAGAUAAGUAUAACACAAGAUAGGACAGAGGCAUAGUGGAGACAGAGCAGAAGUAGGAAUUAGGAAGACUAGAGUUCAGGUCCUACCUCUGACAUAUACUGGCUGUGUGACCCCUGAGCAAGUCACUUAACUUAGCUCCCCAGGAAGUUGCAGAGAAGGUGCCAAUCGCUUAGAGAGAUAAGUGUUCCUCUCUGGGAAGCCCCUUACCUGGAAGAAAUCACAGGUCCCUGACCAACUUGUGAUAGGAAACAGAGGAAACAUCAAGACAAAAUGCCUUGGGAAAAUCUUGGGAAAAUUUCCUGAGCCCAGGAAAUGGAAGAUCACAGAGGUUAUAGAAAAGAGCUGGCCCCUGAGCCAUUCCUUGAAAAAAAAGAAGGCUUCAGUAAUGCAGAGAUAAGGAGGGAUGGCAUUAUAGGAAAGGAUUGAAAUACAACCACCAAACAAAAUGAAAGGAGUGGAGGGGAAGCCUAUGCUUUCAAACACUUUGAGGCAAUAGAGUCAAGGCAAUAAGCAUUCAUUAAAGCAUCUACUAUAUGCUAGGCAAGACUGUUGCUAAGCACUCAUGGUAUGAGUGGGCCACUGGGGGGGGGUUACAAAGAAAGGCAAAAGACAAUCCCCAUUCUCAAAGAGCUCACCAUCUAGUGGGGAAGACAGCAUUAAAGCAGCUAUGUACAACCUAGAUAGAGUGAGGAGAAAUUGAAAAUAAUCAAUAGAGGGAAGGUCCUAGAAUUAAGAGGGAUCAAGAAAACCUUUAUGAGAGCUGAGUCCAGCUUGGCUAGAUGGUGGAGUGCCUGAGGGAGGCUCUCACCCCAGUCACUGUCAUUGUAAAUGGUCCUUGUGACUUAGAUGUGCUCAUUGCAAGAUGUCUCUAUCCUCUCAUUCUCCUUGGGUCAGCUCUGAAUCAGGCCUCUUGAGAGCGGGGAGCAUUUCCACCUUACUCUAGGGUUGAUCAUUUGCCUUCAGGUUCCAACCCACCCUAGAAUACCCAGGCAAUGAGCAAGUGUAAGGAAGUUGUCCACACCUGCCCUAGGCAUCUCCCCAAAGACAAUGAGGUUUUCUUUUAAAUUUAUCAGAAUAUCAUUUGAUGCAGGCUCUCCUUUCUCUGAGUCCAAGGUUGAUGUUGCUUCUUCUGAGAGAGAGAGAACUAUGAGAUGCACCAGCAACAAUGAGUAAGGUCUUACUCCAUGUUAGAUUAGCUCAUUAGCAGAGUGGCCCCUUGGUAGGAGACAAAUUAGUAUAAGAAACCUUGUGGCACCUUAUCACACAAAUAUACCCAGGAAUAAGGCUAUGUCUAACAGUAUGGGUGUGUGUGCAUGUGUGUAUGUGUGUGUGAAUGUAAUCCCACAUGCCCAAUUAUAGACUUUCUCUUUACACCAGAUGGCCUUCCCCAAAGCAGGUAUUUAUCUUUGUCAUAUGCCAUAGGCUUUAAAACUAGAAGGGACCCAAGAAAUCAUUUGUCCUUAUUCUCUAGUGUCAGUGAGGAAACUGAGGUGUCAGAGAAGUUGAGUAAGCCAGGCAAGGUUCAAACCAGGUCCUCUGACUCAAAUGUCCUCUCUCUCCCCAAGACAUCUGGAUGUGCACUGACCUCACCAUUGGGGAAUUAAGGUAAUGAGGCUCAAAAAGAUCAAGAGACAUUGUGCCAGAGGCAGGGGAAGGAUCAUAGAUCCAGAGCUUGGAGGGGCCUCAGAGACCAUCUGUUCAAAGUCUCUUUCUAUAUAGAAGAGGAAACUGGGAACCAGAGAGAUUAAGUGACUUGCCAGAGAGCAUAGAGCUAGGGUCAGAGGUGGGAUUGGAAGUUAGAUCCUCUCAUUCCAGAUCCACCAUCCUUUUCAUUUUAGUGUGCUGCCUGAACCUAAGAAAGGUAUUUAAAGUACCCAAGUGAGAAGGGGAGGAGUCUUCACUCCGAAAGGAUGAGGGAUAAGCUCAAUGCUGAAUGAUUGUUAAGGGUUACAUGAACUUGUUCACCAAAUCCUACAGUACUAGGAAGAGGAAACUCCUUCAUAUUGACAUGAGAGGAGGGUCAGAUGUUUACCCAGCAGUAGUAAACUGAAGGAACUUGUUGUCCCAACCUGAAGAUUUAUAAAUACAUUCCUAAAGAAGCUAAGAUAAAUUUCUAGGCCCUUGAAUGAUGACAGGAUAUUAAGGGAAAUAGUCAUAUUUGGACAUAUUCCUAAUCUUUGAAAUUGGUGCCAGGGAAGAAACCCAAAUCCAGCCCCAAAUCAGCUUUCAAUUCACCCAUUUGAGACUGCAUUCUGUUCUAGAUGGCAGAAGGGCUGGCCUUGCAUGGCAGCUCUUCACCGGAGUGAAAAGAGAGCAGGCAGGAAAAUCAUGCAGUGUCCCAAACAGGAAACUAUCAGGAAGGUUUAUAGGCUAAUAGCUCAUCAAUGACCCAGAAAGAAAGAGUAUGGGAUCUGGGGGAAACCAUGAAGGAUAGGAGGAAAGGAACCUGAUUCCUCUGCAAACACGCCCCUUUCCUCUGUCCAAGCUUGUCCACUCAGGCUCUUGCUAGACCAGCUGGGAGAGAUCAGAAAUGUGUGUGCCCUUGGAUACAUCUCUGGGAGCAAGGGACCACUUUCCUUGUCCCUACAGUGAGCAGGCCAUCUAUAGAGACAUUUCAGAGAAGACCCAGUGAAGAUCAGGCCAGAGUUCAGGAGCAAAGAAUUCAUCUCGGAAGAAAAUCCCUCCAGAAAGAGAAGUAGGUCCCAGAAUGGGAAUCAGGGAAAGACAAAAAUGAGCUGGGAUAGUUAUCAUUUAUGUAUGGUACCUAUGGGACAGAUACAGAUACAGAUACCUUAUAAGCAGAGCUAGAUCCCCUUUUACACAGAUGCUGAGGCCCUGGUGAGGUGCCAGAUACCACGGGAAAGAAGAAACUCCCAGAAGUGUCGCUGACAAUUCCCUGUUUCUCUAUUUGCUACCAGUGAGCCUGAUAAGGUCUCAUUUUGCUUUGAUGACAGGGACUUUGACAAAUCAAAAAGGGUCACUGCAAAAAAUGAAGUGAGAUGGGGAGAUGAAAUCACACAGAAGCUGCUAACUCAGGAACAUGAAAUGGUUGCAACCAGACAAGACAGGAUUAGAACUUUAAACAAGCUGAUGCAAAAGGGAAGGGAAGAUACGGGAAAGAGAGGAGAAUGAGUAUUGCAAGAAGGAAGGUCAUUCCAUUCAUUGGUUCAAUGUUGAUUAGCCACCCACCUUAGAUCAUGAAUCACAGGAAUUAGAGCUGGAAGAGACCAUCAACGAUUUUAGUCCAAUGCCACCUUCACCCCCACCAUUUUACAAAUAAGGAAGCUAAGUCUCAGAGAGAGAAAGAAACUUGGAACUUAGAGAAUCCUAAGACUUAGAGCUUAAAUACCAUGUGGUCAAAUCCUCUCGUUUUAGAGAGGAGAAAAACAGAUCCAGAGCAGAUAAGUGACUUGCCCAAAGACUCACAGGGAGAGAGUAACAAAGCCAGAUUCCAAGCCCAGGAAAACCUUUCUCCAUUGUGCCUGUGCAGGGCCCAGUGUCCCUGUGCUGAGAGGGAUGCAAAGAUAAAUAAGGCAUACUCUGCUGUCUGCAGGGAGCUUACCAUCUAUUACAGGAGCUUUUUUCUUUUCUGGUGUCAGACCCCUUUAGCAAACUGGUAAAGCCUAGCCUAUGGACUCCUCAUAAUCAUGUUUUUAAAUACAUAAAAUCAGAUACACAAAAUCUUUUUUUGAAAUUGUAAUCAGUUUGUAGACCCUAAGUUAAGAAGCCCUGAUCUAAAAGAUGUGGUCGCAUAAAAAUAUAAUGCAGUAUAGAAUGGGAUGAUUCCAAAAAGUCUACAUGAGAGUUUAGAAGAAUGCCCUUCUGAUUGGGAAACUGAAGGAAGGCUUCUGGAGGAGGUAGUGUUUGAACCAGGCCUUAAAGGACAAUAGGUAGAUUUUCAAUAGCUGGGGGUGAGGAGUUGGGAAAAGAAAAAUAGGAGCAAAGGCAGGGGCAGGUUAGACUGUGAGAAGCUCAGCCACAUUUUUCUUCUUUAGGACCAUUUUUAUAUUUAUAGCCAUUUCUCAUUUUCUCACUAGCUUUCUCCACACAUUUUCUCAAUAGUGCCUGAAUUUUCUGUACCUUACCAUAACCUCCUGACAUGAACACAGUGUUGUGGUAAGCUUCUUGUAAACCAAACCAGUAAUAGCACUCUGAACCCUAACAGAUAUGACAGAGAAGCUGUAUUUAGCUCACAGUCCCACCCCACCCCCAAAAUAUUCAUUGGUCUCACUGAAUUUUAAUUUUCUAUAGUAAUUGCUAUUUUCUUUCCCAAGCCAUUUGUUCAUGGCAGACCUAUGAAGGAGGCAGUGUGGGUUAUUUUACAAAUGAGGAAACUGAGGCUUAAGAAGCAGAUGAGAUAGUUCCCAGCAUCACCGAAGCUGGGCUCAUGAGUCCUGGCCUAGAACCCCAAGUUGCACAUUUUGGUUACAUUCCAUCCUUUCCCAGCCUGUGAGUUAUUCAAACUACUGCCAUUCUGGAGGGAGUCCCACCCCAUCAAUGUAAAGGGAAUGGCAGCCAUGGUCUUGCUUUUUUUCUGCAUCAAGCCAGCAACCUCAGCCUACUGUAACCAGAGACUGUCAACCACAGGUAAAUGGAGCAGAAAAAUAUUUGCCAACAGAACAGAGAGAUGCUGGAGAUUUAGAUUCAGACUAGCACUUGUAGCCACACACAUCAUCCCACAAAAGUGCUCCUUGUCUAGGCAAUAGGAGAGGGCACCAUCUACAGUAGCUUGGGACCACUCAGACCCAGAGUGUAUGGAGCAUUCUCACAAGAAGAAGAACCCUAGACUUUUAGCCAACAGUACUAUAUAGUGAGAUGUUUUGUAAUGAAGAGCAAUGAAAGGGAGUCUCUCAUCUUUCAGUUCUGUUCACAGCACUCCUCUUGUCUCCCAUCAGAAAGAGUUUGUGAUCAUGGCUAAGCAUAAACUCACUUGGAAGUGGAAAGGACCUCAGGGUCCUCUGGUCUUAGCCCUUACUUGAGGGCAAAACCAUGUAAGCCACUUUGCAUAAACCCAGGAUGAAAAUCCCCACUAUUGUUUCAUUCAUGGCCCAAGAUAGGAUUGGCACAACUUGCCUGUGAUGAUUCACCAAUACUACUAGUAAGACUGUGCAUGUGUAUCUUGUUAAGAAUUUUAAAACUCUUUCAUAUUCAUGAUCUCAUUUGAUCCUCAAAGCUCUUCUGUGAGCAAUGCAGGGAUUAUUAGGCUUGACAAAAGGAAAAUCUUGUAAUGAUUACAAAGAUUCAAAAAUGGGAUAGGCAAUCGGGGUGGGCAUGGGUCAUGGACUCACCCUUGUUGGGGUUUUUAGGAAAAGGCUUGAUGGCCCCUUAUCAAGGCACAGAAAGAUUCCUCUGAGGUGCCCUUCCCUCCAACUCUGGAAGUCUGAAACUAUAUAAGGACUAAAAUCAGAAUCUAUUUUACCGAGGAAACUGACAUAUUAAAUGGCUUGCCGAGGUUUACACAGGUGGAAAAUGAUAGAGACAGGACUGAAUGCCAUGGGUAAGUUGAGGGUUUAUUCUAUCACAAAUACCCCCACCCUUACAAAAUGAAACAGCACACCUUCCUAGUCUUUCUCCUCCCACACUGUGGAUACUAGCAGGGGCCAGCAGACCCCUACAGAGGAUAACUCAAGAUGGGGCUGGAGAUCCAGCUCUUCUGGGAGCCCCCUAGAAACUUUCCUGGCUUUUCAGGACAUCCAAGAGAAUCUUGUUGGUGAAGUCUGGACCACAGGGAUUGGGGUGGGGCGGCAAAAGGGAAUGGGCUACGUGUGAUGUAUGAUUUGAUCUUUUGCUCAUCUACAAAAUAGGGUGGGGAGAAGGCAUUAGAGAGGGGACAGAACAAAUAUCCAUGUCGCAUUCUGCUCAUUGGUUGUGCAUGGGGAGAAAUCAGGAAAGCCUGUACUUUCAUAGUUCCUAAGAGCAGAAUUUCUCAACCCAAACCAUACUAUGGAUGAGUUAAUACUUACUAUUCAGCUUUUGACAAUAUCAUUACUGAGCCCAGCAGAUGAGAGAGCUAGGUGUGAGAUAGGAGUGGCUUAGGAAUAUAUAGUUAGUGUUGGAAGGGACCUGAGUGGUCAUGUAGAUCACUAAAACACCCCCCCUCUCAUAUUAUAAAUGAGGAGAAUGAGGCCCAGAGAGGUUAAAGGAUUUUCCAUGGUAACACCAGUAAUCAAUUAAUCAAUCACUUAUUAAGCACCUGCUAUGUGGCAGGGGCUGUGCUAGAUGCUAGGGAUAGAAAUACAAUGAAUGAAACAAUCCCUACCCACAAAGAGCUUCUGUUCUAAUGGGAUACCACAAGGAUAGACUUAAGCAUGUAUAGAAUAAAUCCAAGGAGAAUAAAUGCAUAUAAUAUAAAGUGGAUCAAAAUGAGAGAGAGAGAGAACACACAUUGGUAAUUGAGGGUAUCACAAAAGGCUUCUGUAGAAGGUAGUACUUGAGCUGCCUCUUGAAGGAAGGGAAUCUGUGAGAUGGAAGUGCACAAAGAGUACAUUUUAGGCAUGGGGAAUGAUCACUACAAAGGCAGAGGUCCAACAAAUGAGUGUUGUAUAUGAUGAUUUUCCCUUCAGGAAAAUCACUUUGGAAUCAGCCAGGAUGAUGGAAUGAAGUGGAGAGAAAUGUGAGUCAGGGAGGCCAACAAAGAGGCUGCUGCAACAAUCUAGGUGAGAGGUGAUGAGAGGCUGGGGAAAUGUAUUCAAUAGAUGUUGUGGGUAUAGAAACAGCAAAAUUUGACAACCGACUGGAGAAAGAGAAUGCGUUGUGAAGGAUGAUGCCAAGGUUACAAACCUAGAAGAAUGGUUAUGCCUUUGAUAGAAUUUGGGAAGUUUGAAAGAGGGCUGGGUUUGAGAGGAAAGAUAAUGAAUUGUUUUGGACAUGUUGAGUUUGAGAUGUCUCAGAUGGGAUUUGAACCUAGGUCAUCUGACUCUAAUCUAAUCCAGCAUGCUUUCCCUCACACCACGGUAGCAGGAAGGUAGAAGACAGUUCUUAUGCUAAUAAAUGUUCAGAAGCAAAGGCCAUUGAUGGUACUCAUUUGACAGAAAGAGAACUUUGCAUCAGCCUGGCUCAGGUAACUAGAAAAAAGCAUUUUUUUAAAAUCCUGUUAUCAGUCGGUCAACAAGCAUUUAUUAAGUGCUUACUAUGUGUCAGGCACUGUGCUGGAUGUCAGAAUGAACAGCUCUGUUUCUCUUAGGGCUUAAAGUAUGUGAUGGUGAGUAGAGUGUCUGGAGAUAGACAUACUGAGACUCUAAGCCACAGUAUAAAGAAGACCUCAAUGCCAGUGACAGAUUGACAUAUAUGAAUGAGAUAAUGAAUGGGUCAGAAGUUAAAGGUUUUCAGGGGCAACUAGGUGGUGCAGUAGAUAAAGCACUGGCCCUGGAUUCAGGAGUACCUGAGUUCAAAUCCAGCCUCAGAUACUUGACAUCUACUAUCUGUGUGACUCUGGGCAAGUCACUUAACCCUCAUUGUCCUGCAAAAAAAAAAAAGAAGUUAAAGGCUUUCUUUUCAGAAGGUUCUCUGGCAGCUACUUAUUGCCAAGCACCGUGCUAGGCACUGAGGAUAGAAAGACAAAAAUAAAACUGUCUCUUUCCUCAAGGACAGAGACUCCUCCUCUUCCAUAAAUGAGAAGCAACAUGUACAUAUAAAAGGAAAUACAAAAUAUUUAUAAUGUAUGCAUACAUACCAAAUAUACAAAAUGUAAAUACAAAAUGACUGGGAGACACUAAUAACUGGGGAGAUUAGGGAAGGUCUUGUGUAGAUGGCAGCACUUGAAUGGAAAUGUGAAGGAAGCUAGGGAUACCAAGAGGUGGAGAUGAGGAAUGAGGGUAUUCCAGGUAUAGGGGACCACUUAUACAAAGGUGCAGAGAUGGGAAAAGAAACAUUGCAUAUGAAUCUAAUUUCUGGAAAACUUCCUACAGGACCCCACAACCCAGAGAGAUGAGAAAGUAAGCACAUAUGGGUUCUUCAAUCAUCAGUGCCCUGUUCCAAAGUGGCACUCAUCUUCCCACCCUGUGAGCCUGAGGUGCUGUGUGUCAAUGACCUUGUCCCCCAUUUUGGACCACUAAUGACAGAGUCUUACUCAAAAUCUUGCCAGGAAAAGAAAAGGCUCCAAGGGGCCCUGGUCAUUGCUUGGAAGUAUUUGAAAGGCUGCCAUGUGGAAGGGAGAUGCAAUUUAUUCUGCCCCAGAGGAAGAACUAGGGGUAUGAGGUGAAAAAUUGCAGAAAGACAAAUUUAGACUUAAAGGAUUAUAGGAAAGGAUCAUAGUUUUAGAGCUAGAAGCAACCUUAUAGGCCAUCCAAUCAAAUCCCCUAAUUUUACAGAUGAGGGAACUGAAGCCAGGAAAAAGGAAAUGACUUGUCUAGGAUCAUACAGAUAAUAAAUGGCAUGGCUAGUAUUUUGUACUUAGAUUCCAUGACUCUAAGCUCAAUAUUCCAAGUCCAGUGCCCAUCCGAUUGAACCACAUCACCUCUUAUGUAAGGAGAAGUGGAAUGGGAUGACUGAGGAGGUAGUAGGUUCCCAUCCCUGGAAGUCUCCAACCAGAGAUGGGACAGCCACUUGAGUGAGUUAUAGUAGGGAUUCAAUUUGGGGCAUAGAUUGGACUAAAUGAACUCUGAAUGGCCUAGCAACUUAGAAGUUCUGUGCAUCUGUGAAAUGGACCUGGGGGUUGUACAAAGGGUGAGCAUCCAUACCUGUGUGGGAAUCUAGAGUCUUGUACAAAGUUGCUUCCUUAGUAGUGAGAUUCCAGCCUCCUAAUUUUCCACAAAACCCCAGAACACACUGGAACUUGUGCUGAUCACCUAUCUGAGUCCUGUACCUGGAUUGUCUGCAGGGAAGAGGGCCUAUGUUCCCUGAAGAAAAGGAAGAAUACCUCACAAGUCCUUUUUUUUUUUUUACAUUUUCCACACACCUUCCUUGAAACAACCCUGGGAAGGACAUAGUACAAGCAUUUUCAUUUGCAUUUUACAGGUGAUUAAAAUAACUCGGAGAAAUGAAGGCACUUGCCCCAAGAAUGGUUUCCAAUACUGCUGGACAGCUCCUUUGUUAAUUACUGAAUAGCCCUGGAUUCUCACCUAUGCUUCUACUUAUAAAAGGAUUACUCCCCUUCAAGGCUUUCCCUCCUCCUUUCAAAGCUUUCAUCACAAAGCACACUGCCUCUGAGAUGAAAGCCCAGCUUCUGGCCUCUUUCUCCAGCCCCUGAGCUUUUCCUUGGCAGGCCUAAGAGAAAGACAUGGAGGGAGCAAAAACAACUCCCUGCAUUGGGCCAAACUUAGCUGGCCCACGCUUUCCCCUUUCUCGACUUUGGCUAACCCACCACUGUGACUAUCCUACCACUGCCACGAUACAUAUAGUUCAGUCCCCAGGCUAUAUCAUGUUAGCUUAGACUAGCCAGAAAUGGUGAUAGGAUACAAACACAUCUUCUUGACCACCUCUUUUUCUCCUUGCUAGAAUUGCUAACCAAUGACUUGAAAUAAAGACCUUCUUCUGUGUUUUCAUCACUGGACCCUGGUCUCCUAGAUUCCCCUAGGAGUUCUUUGGAUGCAAUGAGUUGACCCACUUGGAGCAGUGUAUUUACAUGAGACCAAAAUCUCCUUGCUAUCCACAGUAUCCACCCUGAAUCUCAGUGACGCACAUGUGUAUAGUUUGGGUGUUUGGUAGAUAAAGCAUGUAUGAAACAUGAACACAAAAAAUGUCAGCAGUGUGUAGUCAGUGGGUUUGUUCUUUUUGAGCUCAAGCGAAGGGAAGCACAUACUGUAAGGUCAAGGACUAUCAGAUCUAUUUUUUGAUUGUACAUUACAAUGAAGUGUAACUUUUUUCUUUUUUUACAACUGCAAGUUCAUCUUAUUUAUUGUUGUAAAUGUUCUCAGACAAUGUUUGUAAUAUGGGCUGUGUUGCAAAUCCAUACAAUUAAAUCUGUGAUCCUAAGA